AAUGCAUGUGUCCUCUUCCUCCAAAACAGCAACCAAGCAACAAGCUAGCUUGUAGAGGCUAGAGCCAUGACGACACUGGGUCGACCCUCAUAUUCUUCAUCCUUGUUCCUCUGUUUCCUUGUGCUGGCUGCAUUGCACCCAGCCUCCGGUGGUGGUGGUGGUGGAGGUGAUUCUCCUAGGCAGACGCAGCCGUCUGUAGAUAAUCCUAGGCAGGAGCCUGUAGAUAAUCCUAGGCAGGAGCCUGUAGAUCAGACGACCACACCAGCUACUCAGGUCAGUGGUGCAACUGCUCCUCCGCCGCACUCUGUAGAUCAGGCGACCACACCAGCUACUCAGUUCGGUGGUACAACUGCUCCUCCGCCGCACUCUGUAGAUCAGGCGACCACACCAGCUACUCCGUUCGGUGGUGCUACUGCUCCUCCGCCGCAAUCCGUUGAUCAGUCGGAUGGCAAAGGUUCUCCAACGAUUGGCGUGGUUGGUGCUGUAGUUGGUGUAAUUGUGUUGGCUUGUUUAGCAGGCUUGACUUGGUAUGUGCUAUAUCGACGGAACCACCCUAACACAAUAGGUCAUGUUCUGAAGUUCAGUUACCACGACUUGAUGUCUGCAACAAAUAGCUUCGCACAGAACCGAAAGCUUGGAGAGGGCGCCUUUGGCGCUGUCUAUAAAGGUACAUUGAUGCUGAAGGACAAAAAUGGAAAUCAAGAAGAAGUGUACGUGGCUAUAAAAAAAAAUACGUAUACUGCGUCAGAUGAUGCGAAGGCUGCCUUUCAUAAAGAGGUUGAAAUUAUGAGCCCGCUGAGCCAUCGCAACAUCAUACGUCUUGUGGGCUGGUGCGACGAAAGGAACAGUCUCCUGCUUGUCUAUGAACUAGUGGAGGAUCGCAACCUUCAGGCUCGGCUUUAUGGCCAUGGUGCUCGGGUGGAUUCGGAACUUUCCGGUGCAAGGGCUCCAGGUUCAAGUCUUGAUCUAGAUUGGCACAGAAGGUACAACAUACUGCAUGGAAUAGCCUCGGGUCUUGAAUACCUCCAUAAUAAUUGUGAAAAGGCCGUCAUGCAUAGGGACAUCAAGCCAGGUAAUGUGAUGUUGGAUAGGGACUCCAAUGCUAAACUGUGUGACUUCGGGCUGGUGACGCAACUCACCCAUGCCAUAACCUCACGCUCGACGAGCAACAUAAUUGGAACACAAGGCUACAUGGACCCAGCAUACCAGAGCACCGGCAAAGUAACUAGGGCGUCUGAUGUCUACAGCUUCGGUGUGCUAUUGCUUGAGGUUGUGUGUGGUGAGGAGCCAAUCCUGACUGGCAAUCCCCUGAAAAACAGCCUCGUUGAGAAGGUCCGGGAAUGCUAUGAGAGAGAUGCAAUUCUCGAUGCAGCUGACCAACGGCUGAGGGGCAAUUCUGAUGAGGAAAUUAGAGGUGCAUUGUUGACCGGUCUGCGUUGUGUCGAAAAAAGCCGUGGCGAUCGUCCAACUAUGCAAAUUGUGUUGGCUGAGUUAGUAAGCAUUGCGGCUAAAUCAACUUGGUAUAACCGUCUUGCAAGCGCAGUGGGUGCUGAGGUGUGAGUCUUGACCCAAGGAGGUGAAGAUGCUCGUAGGGCAACCCUCCUGUGGCGAAGCCCUAUGUAGUAUGUACAACAAUAAAGCUCGCCAUUGAAGCUAUUUCCCUGUUAUUGUUAACCAUAUG